CUGUAAAAAUUCCAACUAUAGAAUGGAGAUUGGAGAGUAGUGAAAGAGAGGAAGGUAGCAAGAAAGGAAGCAAAAAACAGCACGGGGGCGCCUAAAGGUAGAAAAGGAAGCGCAGCCCCACCACCGCCAACACCGGGCGCGAAAUCUACGGCCCCUCGCCGGCCUUACGGGCGCCAUUGCCAUUGUCAUUGCAUUCCAACUUCGGAGCAAGUUCCAUUCAACGCGUUGACGUAGAAAAAAGAUCCCAGGGGCCAGAGAGAAGAAAUCAAACAUUCAAGACGACAUCAAAUGGCGAAUUCUUUUCUUUUUAAGGAAUAAAUUUUAAAUUAAGAAGAAGAAAUAUUCCGUAGACCAUGUCUUCCUUCCCUUGCAGGCCAUUUCUCCUCUCAAGUCCCUAUACCUCUCUCGCGUUUACCAGAAGUGGCAGGACGGCCGAUUCGCUCGCAGUCUGUUGCUUCUGGCCUUUCAGCCAUUUCUGUUCAUAGAAUUUCAACUGUGAGUUGUUGAGAAGUCUUUCUUAUCGCAGCCUCUUCCCAUUCAAUACAAUUUUCUGUCUUUUGACUUUCCUCCUCUUCAUCAGAGUUAUCGUUUUCGCUACCUACACUCCAGCAUUUUGCAGCUUGACUGGUCAGGGGUCGCCAGGUUCCUUAAUUGAUUUGGCUCUGGCCCAACUUUGAUCCUCUUGCUUUCUGGGUUGGUAGGAUUAGCCGUCUUGGUAUCUGGGUUUUCCAAGAGAAUCGCAAAUUGGUGGUUCAUCUUCUGCAAAUUGCGUUCUGAAGCUUCACCGUCGUGAGUGAUGUUGUACAAGUUCAUGGAAUACCUCAAGUUAAGUGUUUUGCUUCUUUGUGGUAACAUGAGCAAGUAGUAGAAUUGUUCUUCCUUUUUGUCCUUCCGGUAAAGCUUAGAAUAUCAAGUUAAAAAUCUAUACAAAAUGGUGCCUGGGAUUUUGAGGAAGGUUCUGCCUGUUGCAACAACUAUUCCUAAACCUAAUGAUGAUGAUGAUGAUGAAGAUGAGUAUGCCAACAAGGUUGAAUACUCUUUUGCUGUUGAGUACUCUGGUCCCCCGCUUCCGUACGACAUCCCUCGAGUUGUGCCAGUGGACGUCGAUGAAAUCCCACUGGCUUCAACACUUGCUUCAGCGUCUCGAUUAAGUGUCGUGCCUAUCAUCCAGCCUAUUGUCAAGUCUACUGUUCCUAACCAGAAGCUCCACAAGGAGCUCCAGGAAGGAGAAUCUGCUGCCAGGCCUCAACUAUUCAGUACAGCAGACACUUCCAACAAUCAUUCUGACUCUUCUCAAGUAUUAGCUGGGAGCUCGGAGAUUGUGGAAAUACCAGACGAAGAAGACAAGAAUGAACCAGCUGGGGAGUUGCAAGAUUAUGCGAACCCUGGAGAUGGGGAGUCAACAAAAUCACACUCAUUUUCAUGUUCAGUUUCAUCCGAAAUAUUUUCGGGUAAUGAAGACGAGUGUGCCGAUGAAGAAGCUACUCCUCACCACGUAAGGAGGCCAUCUGCAGUAACAUUCCGUGAUCCUGACUCGAACGAUGUGGUCGAAGAUGAAGAUUUGGACGAUGCGUCUGAUGCUGAAAGCAGCAUCCCGGAAAGGCCAACUCCUGCUGUAAGGCCUGGAAAGAAAGGAACGUGUUACCGUUGCAUGAAAGGGAAUAGGUUUACUGAGAAAGAGGUUUGCAUAGUAUGUGGUGCAAAGUUUUGUUCUGGUUGUGUGCUGAGAGCAAUGGGGUCAAUGCCCGAAGGUAGGAAAUGUGUGACUUGCAUUGGUCAAAGGAUCGACGAGGUUAGACGAAAGAAUCUGGGGAGGAGUUCUAGAAUGCUGAGACAGCUAUUGCCGAAGAUGGAAAUCAAGCAUAUAAUGACUUCUGAAAAAAGUUGUCAUGUGAAUCAAUUGCCGCCAGAGCUUGUGUGUAUCAAUGAUCAGUAUCUUUCUGAAGAGGAGCUGUUGUUGUUGCAGACCAGUGCUCACCCUCCAAGGAAGCUGAAACCAGGUUACUAUUGGUACGAUAAAGUGUCUGGUUUCUGGGGUAAUGAAGGAGAGAAGCCUUCCCAGAUAAUCAGUGACCAGUUGAACAUUGGUGGUCACCUGAGGCGGGAUGCUAGCAAGGGAGACACCGGCAUUCUCAUAAAUAAUCGUGAAAUUACGAAACCGGAGCUAAUCAUGCUGCAGUUGCUAGGUGUGAAAUGUGAUGGAACAAAUAGCUUUUGGGUAAGUGCAGAUGGUUCAUAUCAGGAAGAGGGCAUGAAAAAUGUGAAAGGAAGAAUAUGGGAGAAGCCCGGGGCAAAGGUAAUCUGUACUUUGUUGUCCUUGCCAACGCCUCCUGAUUCCAAUGGCUCUGUUCGAAAAGAGCCAAAUGGUGCUACCGCUCUACCCAAUGGCCUUCAGCAGAAGUUGUUACAGAAGCUGCUUCUAGUCGGCAACAAAAAGUCUGGAACGAGCACUAUUUUCAAACAGGCGAAAAUCAUCUACAAUGUUCCUUUCUCUGAAGAUGAGAGGGAAAGUAUCAAGUCUAUAAUCCAAAGUAAUUUGUAUAGAUAUAUUGGUGUACUUCUGGAGGGACGUGAACGUUUUGAAGAAGAAUGUUUGGCCCAAAUGAGAGAACACCCCAUUGGUGAAAGCAGUUCUUCUGGUCAGACCGACACUAAAACCAUCUACUCAAUUGGUCAGAGACUGAAAUCGUUCUCAGAUUGGCUUCUCAAAGUAAUGAUUACUGGCAACUUGGAAACCAUAUUCCCAGCAUCCACUCGUGAAUAUGGACCUUUUGUUGAGGAACUGUGGAAAGAUGCGGCCAUUCAAGCCACAUAUAAUAGAAGGGAUGAACUUCCAUCUCUUCCAAGAAAUGCAACUUAUUUCCUGGAACGAGCUGCUGAUAUUGCAAUGGUGGAUUAUGAGCCAUCAGACAUGGACAUAUUGUAUGCCGAGGGGAUAACUUCAUCAAGAGGGCUAUCGUCCAUGGAGUUUACAUUCCCCAAGUCAACUCGAGAUCUCUGUGACCACAUUGGUUAUCAGCAUGAUCCAUCACAGAGCUACCAGCUCAUCAGAGCUCAUCCAAGAGCCCUGGGAGGAAACUGCAAAUGGCUGCAAAUGUUUGAAGAUGUCGACAUGGUACUAUUCUGUGUUUCCUUGACCGAUUAUGAUAAGUUCACUGAAAACAGCGAUGGAGUCCUCACCAACAACAUGAUGGCCACCAAGCAGCUAUUUGAAACCAUGGUAACUCAUCCAAAAUUUGAAGACAAGAAGUUUCUUCUCGUGUUGAACAAGUUCGACCUGCUCGAGGAAAAAAUCGAGCAUGUCCCUCUCACUCGAUGUGAAUGGUUCAAAGACUGGGACCCGGUAAUUGGAACCAAUCCAGCUAACAGCAGAAGCAGAGUUACUAACCCUUCAUUGGCUCACCGUGCUUUCCAGUACAUUGCAAUGGAAUUCAAGAGAUUCUACGCUUCCCUCACUGAUAAGAAGCUCUAUGUUUCCUUGACCACUGGGUUGGAGGCCGAUAAUGUGGAUGAAGCUUUUCGGUAUGCAAGGGAGAUUAUGAAGUGGGAGGAAGAAACUUUUGACUUGAACAAUAAUAAUGAGACGUCUUCCACGAGCAUGGAAGCAAGCUCAUCUGCAUGAUAGAGGUAUAGAUCGAUCUCAAGAACAGAAGGGCCUCAAGAGAGAGCUUUAGUUUGAAAGAGUUGAUCUGUGCUGUGAAUGUUAUACACUGUGAUUGCCCCACUCUAUUUGUAUAUAGUCGAGGAGUUGUGAGUGAUUAUACAGAGAGAAGUAGAACUUUGUAACGAGAAGUUAUAGUCCAUACAGAAAUAAGAGUCCUCUAGCUUAUGAUCAACAUUAUAGAGUCUUCUUCAGGAUGUUUAGACAGUAGACCGCAUCUUCUCCAACUGCAGGUUUCUUCCCCAAUUCCGAGUUUUUUUUCAUUAAAAGCUUGCUUCUUGU